CCAAAGAUAAGAAUCACAACAGAAAUUUAAAAGACGACCCUCCCAUUUACUAUACUAUUUAUACUACAGAAAAAUUCAAUUAGCAAAGCAAAACAAAAAAAAAUGAAGAUCUUUUGUUUAAUUCUCUUCUUAUUUGUCUCCACUUGUCUUGCCGUCGAACCUCCUCCUGAAACAAUCUACCAAAACUUUCUCCAAUGUUUCACAAACCAAACAAGCGCUCCUCCUAACUCAUUGUCCGACGUUGUUUUACCAAAAACCGCUGCAGCUUUCACCCCCGUCCUGCGCGCUUACAUCCGAAACUCGCGUUUCAACGUCACAACAACUCCAAAACCCGCCAUCGUAAUCGCGGCGCGUUCUGAGAGCCACGUCCAAGCUGCCGUCGUCUGCACGAAAUCCCUAAACAUCCAGCUGAGAACUCGAAGUGGUGGCCAUGACUACGAAGGCGUUUCCUACGUCUCUAACGUUCCUUUCUUCGUCCUCGACAUGUCCAAUCUGCGUAACAUCACCGUGGACGCUGCCAGCGCAUCCGCAUGGGUCGGAGCUGGUGCUACACUCGGUGAGGUUUAUUACAUGAUUUGGGAAAAAACCAAAAGUCACGGCUUCCCUGCUGGAGUUUGUCCCACGGUCGGAGCCGGAGGUCACAUUAGCGGUGGUGGUUAUGGAAACAUGAUCAGAAAGUACGGCUUGUCAGUUGAUUACGUUACCGACGCAAAAAUCGUAGAUGUUAAUGGACGGGUUCUUGACCGGAAAGGAAUGGGAGAAGAUCUGUUUUGGGCGAUUAACGGCGGAGGUGGUGCGAGCUUCGGUGUGAUCUUAGCUUUCAGGAUCAAGCUUGUCCCUGUCCCACCGACCGUAACUGUUUUCAGAGUAGAGAAAAACUUGGACGAGAAUGCUGUUGACAUGGUCCAUAAAUGGCAGUUCGUUGCUCCCAAGACUGAUCCUGGUCUAUUCAUGAGGCUAUUGUUACAGCCGGUGACUCGGAAUAAUAUCCAAACUGUUCGAGCAUCUGUUGUGGCUCUGUUCUUGGGUAACAGAGACACUGUUAUGUCUACGCUGACCAAAGAUUUCCCGGAGCUUGGUUUGAAGAAGGAGAAUUGCACAGAGAUGACGUGGAUACAGUCGGUGAUGUGGUGGGCAAACAAUGACAACGCCACACAGAUUAAACCCGAGAUUCUACUGGAUCGGAACCCCGAUUCAGCAUAUUUCUUGAAACGGAAAUCCGAUUUUGUCGACAAGGAGAUCACCAAAGAAGGGUUAGAUUUCUUGUUCAAGAAAAUGAUUGAAGUUGGGAAGAUCGGUUUAGUGUUUAAUCCUUACGGAGGGAUAAUGACCGAGGUGGCUCCGACAAAGACUCCAUUCCCGCACAGGAACAAGCUUUACAAAAUCCAGCAUUCGAUGAACUGGAAAGAUCCGGGAACAGAGGCGGAAAGCAGUUUCUUGCAGAAGGCGAGAACCUUCUAUAGCUACAUGGCUCCUUAUGUGACCAAGAACCCUAGACACACGUAUAUUAAUUACAGGGAUCUGGAUAUUGGAGUUAAUAGCCAUGGCCCAAACAGUUACAGAGAGGCAGAGGUUUAUGGGAGGAUGUAUUUCGGUGAGAAUUUCGAUCGGUUGGUGAAAGUGAAAACUGCCGUGGAUCCGCAAAACUUCUUCAGAGACGAACAGAGUAUACCUACCUCGUCUAUCAAACCACCUAGGCGUUAGUUUGUAGCCACCUAAGUGAGUUU